UUUUUUAAAUUCUUUUUUAGUUUAUUUAAACUACUGGUGCAAUAAAAAAUUUUAGUUAAAUAAACAGUGAUUCAAGUAUUAGUUUAGUAUAAAUUAUGCCACCAGCAGUCUUAGGUGUAGAUAAUAACGCAGAACACGAGGUUGUUGAAGAUGAAUCUGGAAAAUUACUUGAGCGAUCCCAACAAGAUGGAGAACUUUAUUCAAAGCCUACGGUUGGGAUAAUUUACCCACCUCCGGAAGUUAGAAAUAUUGUGGACAGAACUGCAAAUUUUGUUGCAAGAAACGGUCCUGAGUUUGAAGACAGAAUUCGAAGUAAUGAAGCUACCAAUCCUAAGUUUAAUUUCUUGAACCCAAAUGAUCCAUAUUAUGCCUACUACUUACAUAAACUUAAAGAAUAUCGUGAAGGAGAUCUUACAGAAUUGCCUUCUGUUGCUCAAACCAAAGAAGUAAAAGCUGCUCAAAAGGAGCAUAAAGUGAACGUUAUGGAGUGGUCAGCACAGUCGCCAGAUCUUAACAUAAUCGAGAAUUUGCGGGCUGAUGUAAAGGAGGUGGUUGCUGCUGCCAAACCCCUCACGAAGGAGUCACUUUGGAACGUAGUUAAGGAGACAUGGAGUUAA